AUGGACAUGAACACCCUCAAUGUCUCGGCGACGUUGAAUGUUUUCCGUCUUCUCACGAGGCCUACGCUAUGUUUACCUCACGCGACUGUUUCAACAUUUAACCAUCUACCAAUACCUCUGAACAAGGCAUUUGGGAAGUAUGAGAAGGUUGAUAUCAGGGCUGUAGUUUUGGAUAAGGAUAAUUGCUUUGCGAUUCCUAAUUCAAAUGAGAUUCAUAAGCCAUACAAUGAACAUUUUGAGCGCCUACGAGAAGCUUACCCCGGCCGGCGCCUUCUGAUCGUCUCCAACUCCGCUGGCGCUUUCUCUCUUGAUCCCCAUGGCCGUCUCUCCGCUGAGCUCGAGAAAUCAACCGGAGUGACCGUGCUUCCACACAGUACGAAGAAGCCUGGCUGUGGGCCCGAGAUCAUGGAGUAUUUCCGUAAAUACCCUGAGACUGGUGUCACGAGACCUGAUCAAAUCGCUAUCGUUGGUGACAGGCUGACCACAGAUGUCAUGAUGGCGAACCUGAUGGGGAGUUAUGCCAUCUGGGUCAAAGAUGGCGUCUUGCCGCCAGAAAAGACGAGCGUCUUUGCGCGCCUGGAGCAGAAAUUCGCAGGAUACCUGCAGGGUCGAGGAUAUGAGGCUCCUGAACCAAGGAUUCCGUUCGAGAACUAGGAUCCGAAGGAUGAAUAAGCACUGGCAUUGGAAGUUUUGUGAAAAUGGUAACUAUUUGUUUGGAGUGAAGCAUUCCACUGACAAUGCCAUUUCCGGGAAUAGCAAGAUACUAUGGACGGCGAAGUAAAAUCAUGCGUGGACAUCCACGCAUCCUCCUCUGUUUGAGUUUGUCCGGAGGACACCCCGGGCAUGAAAGCUAGACAUGCGCAUCAAAAGCUCUGUACCACUCCCCGCUCUGUAUAUUCGGGCUCAAGGAAUCUGUCUUAUGAUGAUAAUAAUGCAUAUGCAGUGCCACCAUAAGGAUAUCCACGUGAAAUACAUGAAUU